AUAUGAACCGGAGUGGGGUAUACAGACUCUCUUGUUCAGAUUGUGAUGCCACCUACAUCGGCAGAACUUACAGAUCCCUUUCUACCCGAUCUGCUGAACACAGCAAGAGAGAUACCACUUCUGCCUUUUCACACCAUUUAAAAGUCAAUAAACAUGAACUUAAGAUUCCUGAAGGUGUCCAGUUGAUACACAAUAUUCAACAAAACAAUACACUCCGUUUAGACUUAUACGAAGAUUUGGAGAUUGGCAAGGACAUGAAGAAGAGUCCCAACUGUGUCAAUAGACAAACAUCCCUUAACCGCAACUUUGUCCCCAUUCACCGCCAAUUAUUCUCAUAAUUCCUAUUUUUUCAACUUCCUCUUUUAUCCUAUUCUUUCUCUUUCAACUUACUCUCUCUUCUUUUUCAAAAUUUCCUCUUUCCUUCACUGCUUCCAAACUCCUUUACCCCGAAUAACAUUAUUAACUAUUGAACCCUAUUAACCAUCACCUCAUUAAUUCACCCUACUAUCUUUUUACUUCUUUUUCAUUUCAUUACUUCGUUCAGUUUAAUUCCACACCUCAUCUUUUCUUUAUCCCUCUCUUUCCCUUAAAAUUCUUGUCUUUAUACCUUACACCACAGCCCUCUGCUUUUUGUCUUUGACCUUUUCCAAGAAAACUUUUACCUCUCCAACUAACAUCCAUUCACUUGAUUUCAGUUCUCACAUUCAGAUCCAUUAUCAUUACAAUUAAAUUAUAUCUAUAUUCUUUUUCUUACUUUGGUUUUAUUUUAUUCAGUACACUUUCAAUAUUAUUUUCAUUUUAAUUUCAUUUUUGUAUCAACUGGACUUAACAGCUAUAAUCAUACAUUACUUUAUCUCUAAUUUCCCAUACCAACACUUUGUCACAAGAAUUCUCUCAAAACUUUUGAAAUAAAAUAAAAAAAAAUAAACCAUCUCAUAAUAAUUACAAUUCUUUUUCAUUCACAUAUUACACACUUUUAAUUAUUUGACUGUAUCCUAACUCAAAUCCAUUAUUUACAAAAACUUGCAUUUUUAAAUAACAAUAUUUUCCUUUUACAUAUACAACCACCAAUACAAUAUAGACUAGAUUAAAUUGCCUACCAAUUUAUUCAUUUUGUACAAUAACUUUCCAACUAAUAUUGAUUUUUCUCUUUUCUCACCUUCAUCUAUUUUUAUCUUUUUAUCUUUAUUGACAGCAGCUUACUUUCUUUCUAUCAAUUUGAUCAAUCUAAUGUUAUGGUAUACAGUCAAUAUAAAUAAUCUUAUAUUCUAAAUUAAUUUUGUAUAUCACAAUUUCUUUUCAAUAACCAAUAGAUUUAAAAUGUUAGACAUUUUUCAGAUAUUAAAAUCUUUAUCAUUUGUUGUGGGUCAUGACCUUUUGGUUAAUUAACAUUGAAAAUCGACUACCUUUUUCUCUACUGUCAAUGUCACUUCAAACAGUUCCUUAGUCAUUAGUGUCACUUUAUAGUCAAAGUUGGCCUAAGAUGGUUGAUUGAGGUUUUGGUAGGGUUUCACCAUGUUCCCAUAGGCAAUAUCCUGUAACAUCGGCGUUUAGCCUGUUUAAUAUUAUUUUUAAAUAAUGUAAAUUGAAUUUUAAAUUCAACCAUUGUUUGGUUCUGGGGCUAUUUAGCAAGUAUGCACGUAAGUAAUCUAACCACAUUUUUAGCUUUUAAAAAUUUCAACCAUCUUUCAAUUCUAAUAGUGGGAUUACUUAUUUUAUUGUAGAUUCACUGAUGAUGGACCGAUAGGUCUGAAAACGUUCUGAAUUGGACAUUUUUAUUCAAUCCAUUGGGAUUUUUAAGUUUUAAUAAAUAUACCAAUUUACAUAGAAGUGGUUUUACUUCUUGUUAGAGUUUUUUAACUAUAUGGUAUACAGCCAACCUAGGGAACCUCCCUUUUAGUUUAUAUAUGACAGUAUGGUCAACUUGGCGCUACAAUACUUGCGAUUAGCCACACAACGGAGCAACAUAAAGCUGGACAUAUGGUUCAUUUCAAGAUGUUUACAUCAUAAAGUCUUCCCAACAUUUUGUAGAGUUAGAACAUCCAAUAAUGUACAUCCUAACAUCAGGACCUCCAUGCAGAUUAAACUCAUGAAGAAAGAGAUUUGUAAACAUUACAGUAAACUCAACUACAUAGAAUGUAAGCUAAAGGUAACAUAUGAUUCUCUACUUGAAACUUUACAAUUUAUUAAUCUUAAUUCUUUUAUGUCAGACGUUCAGGAUAAGGUAGAUCAUUCACAUUCAGUUAAAUUUAAUAGAGUCAAUAAUAAAUUAAAACACUUAAUCAACAAUAAGAUUAGACUUGAUCAACAAAAAGCUUCUCGUAAUAAAAAUUAUUCCAAUUUUCGAUUCCACCCAAGAAUCAAAAAUCUCUCAAAUGUCCAAUUUUCUGAUGACGAAUUAAAACUCUUAAACCUCGGCCUCAAACACUCCAUUCCUAGCAAUUUAUCUAUCAAAGAUCUUGAGAGUCUUUCCAUAGAGACCGACAUGGUUAUUCAGAAUCUUUCCAUUUCACUCACACAAAAAACUUCAAUCAGAAACUCUUGCAUCCAAACUAUCAACAAAUUCAAAACUAAACUUCUUUCCAACAAUAACUCCUCUCUUACCAACAUCAGUUCCCCUUCUACUUCUACACAAACUUCUUCAUCUCUCUCUUUUCCCAAUUUCUCAUAUAAUAAGUCUAAAUCCCUUCUCUCCACACUCAAAUCUAUCAAAAAUAAGAUCCAAAACCACCACCUCAUCUUCAGCAAAGCAGAUAAGGGUAACUGCCUUGUUAUUUUAGACCAACAAUUAUACAUUGACAAAGUCACCUCUUUCCUAGACAACAAUAACUUUACUUUGCUUCCUGUUGAUCCCUCUAAAUCUUUUGUUUCGAAGAUGAAAACCAACUUAAAGCAAUUUACUGAAUUCUUUUCUGAAUUUGAAGCACCAUAUACUAAAAUUCCAUCAAAUCCACUCACCCCCAGGUUAUACGGUUUACCAAAGAUACACAAAGUUGACAUUCCUAUUCGUCCCGUUGUCAGCUUCAUUAACACUCCAGUUUCUAUUUUAUCUAAAUUCAUUCUUAACACCAUUAAAAACUUUAUUAACUUUACCCCACAGUUUACUGUUUUGAAUUCUCGCCAAUUAGUUGAAAAACUUCAACUUGUCAAUCUUAAUCCAAAUAUUGUUAUGCUUUCUUUUGAUGUUAGCAAUUUAUUUACUUCAGUACCAAAAAAUGAAUCGAUUAGUCUGGUUAAUUCACUCCUCUUAAAUAAUUCUGUCACUUCCACCACCACUUCGUCUAUUAUAAACAUUCUCAAAAUUUGUCUAUCUCAAGAUUACUUUGUUUUUAAUAACAACUUUUAUCAACAACCUGACGGUUUAGCAAUGGGUAGUUGCUUAUCCCCUUUCUUAGCUGAUGUUUUUAUGGAUCACUUAGAAUCCAACUAUAUCAUAAAAAAUCCAGAGAUCUUACACUGGUUCCGUUAUGUUGAUGACAUUUUAGUCCUCAUUUCUGGUAACUCUGAUUCAGCUCACAACUUACUUCACAAAAUAAAUCAAAUCCAUCCUAAUAUCACCUUUACCAUGGAACUAGAAUCUUCUAACUCCAUUAACUUUCUGGAUUUAUCUAUUACCAGACUACAUGACCACUUCAACUUUGGUAUCUACCGUAAACCAACACAGACAGAUCAUGUUAUCCAUUCUACUUCUAAUCACCCUUUAUCAUAUAAACUCUCUGCUUUUCGCAGUUUUAUACAUAGAUUAAACUCUAUUCCUUUAUCCGUAACUGAAUUCAACAAAGAGUUGAAUAUUAUCAAACAGAUUGCAGUCAACAAUGGUUAUGACCCAGACAUUAUCACUAAACUUCAACAAAAAAGAGAACUCAAAUUACUACAACAAUCCGCUUUCUCUACAUCAUCCACAACUACUCCCAUCUAUGCCUCCUUACCAUUCAAUAACUCCAAAUUAUCUGAAAGAGUCAAACAUAUCAUUUCAAAUUCUUGUGACAACAUAAAAAUAUCUUUCAAAGUUAAUAACACUCUCAGCAAAAGUUUAACUAAUACCAAAGAUCCUAUCCAUUAUAUGAACCGGAGUGGGGUAUACAGACUCUCUUGUUCAGAUUGUGAUGCCACCUACAUCGGCAGAACUUACAGAUCCCUUUCUACCCGAUCUGCUGAACACAGCAAGAGAGAUACCACUUCUGCCUUUUCACACCAUUUAAAAGUCAAUAAACAUGAACUUAAGAUUCCUGAAGGUGUCCAGUUGAUACACAAUAUUCAACAAAACAAUACACUCCGUUUAGACUUAUACGAAGAUUUGGAGAUUGGCAAGGACAUGAAGAAGAGUCCCAACUGUGUCAAUAGACAAACAUCCCUUAACCGCAACUUUGUCCCCAUUCACCGCCAAUUAUUCUCAUAAUUCCUAUUUUUUCAACUUCCUCUUUUAUCCUAUUCUUUCUCUUUCAACUUACUCUCUCUUCUUUUUCAAAAUUUCCUCUUUCCUUCACUGCUUCCAAACUCCUUUACCCGAAUAACAUUAUUAACUAUUGAACCCUAUUAACCAUCACCUCAUUAAUUCACCCUACUAUCUUUUUACUUCUUUUUCAUUUCAUUACUUCGUUCAGUUUAAUUCCACACCUCAUCUUUUCUUUAUCCCUCUCUUUCCCUUAAAAUUCUUGUCUUUAUACCUUACACCACAGCCCUCUGCUUUUUGUCUUUGACCUUUUCCAAGAAAACUUUUACCUCUCCAACUAACAUCCAUUCACUUGAUUUCAGUUCUCACAUUCAGAUCCAUUAUCAUUACAAUUAAAUUAUAUCUAUAUUCUUUUUCUUACUUUGGUUUUAUUUUAUUCAGUACACUUUCAAUAUUAUUUUCAUUUUAAUUUCAUUUUUGUAUCAACUGGACUUAACAGCUAUAAUCAUACAUUACUUUAUCUCUAAUUUCCCAUACCAACACUUUGUCACAAGAAUUCUCUCAAAACUUUUGAAAUAAAAUAAAAAAAAAUAAACCAUCUCAUAAUAAUUACAAUUCUUUUUCAUUCACAUAUUACACACUUUUAAUUAUUUGACUGUAUCCUAACUCAAAUCCAUUAUUUACAAAAACUUGCAUUUUUAAAUAACAAUAUUUUCCUUUUACAUAUACAACCACCAAUACAAUAUAGACUAGAUUAAAUUGCCUACCAAUUUAUUCAUUUUGUACAAUAACUUUCCAACUAAUAUUGAUUUUUCUCUUUUCUCACCUUCAUCUAUUUUUAUCUUUUUAUCUUUAUUGACAGCAGCUUACUUUCUUUCUAUCAAUUUGAUCAAUCUAAUGUUAUGGUAUACAGUCAAUAUAAAUAAUCUUAUAUUCUAAAUUAAUUUUGUAUAUCACAAUUUCUUUUCAAUAACCAAUAGAUUUAAAAUGUUAGACAUUUUUCAGAUAUUAAAAUCUUUAUCAUUUGUUGUGGGUCAUGACCUUUUGGUUAAUUAACAUUGAAAAUCGACUACCUUUUUCUCUACUGUCAAUGUCACUUCAAACAGUUCCUUAGUCAUUAGUGUCACUUUAUAGUCAAAGUUGGCCUAAGAUGGUUGAUUGAGGUUUUGGUAGGGUUUCACCAUGUUCCCAUAGGCAAUAUCCUGUAACAUCGGCGUUUAGCCUGUUUAAUAUUAUUUUUAAAUAAUGUAAAUUGAAUUUUAAAUUCAACCAUUGUUUGGUUCUGGGGCUAUUUAGCAAGUAUGCACGUAAGUAAUCUAACCACAUUUUUAGCUUUUAAAAAUUUCAACCAUCUUUCAAUUCUAAUAGUGGGAUUACUUAUUUUAUUGUAGAUUCACUGAUGAUGGACCGAUAGGUCUGAAAACGUUCUGAAUUGGACAUUUUUAUUCAAUCCAUUGGGAUUUUUAAGUUUUAAUAAAUAUACCAAUUUACAUAGAAGUGGUUUUACUUCUUGUUAGAAGUUUUUUAACUAUAUGGUAUACAGCCAACCUAGGGAACCUCCCUUUUAGUUUAUUAAAUUAGUGGUAUAUUGUUUUGAUUUAUGUUUUGUGUGAGUUGUUUAUUAAAUAAAAAUAAUCUUGUAAUUUUAUUAUACACAAGAUACCUAUAUUUUUUUGUAGGAAUUGUAUGAUUCCAAACAAAAGGAAAUAAGAUUCCCAUGUGUAAAUGUUAUGUUUAAGAAUAAUAAGAUAUAGCAAAUAUUAAGCAGUGAUUGCCAUUUAAAUAAAAUAAACAAUAUUUUGAUUAUAAUUGUAACCCA